AUGUCCCUGCCCUCGGACUCAGAGGCUUCGUUCGAUGAGGGAAAGGAGCCUCAGCAGCUCCAAGUUCAUCAGCAGCACCAAGGGGGCCCGGCUAGUGUGGAGGAAAUCCAGGCUUUCGAGACUUCAGCGUAUGAGGCGCUCGAAAGGGAUUUUCAGCGGGUGGUGGCGGAACUAUUAGAAGAUGACACUCUAGAGGACUUCAAGGAACAGUACGAGAGGCUGCACAAUACGCUCAAGCAGUCCCACGACUCGGAGAAGUUACUCAUUAGCAAGUGUCGAGAGAUCAGCAAAGAGAUCGUUGGCCAUGCCCAAAGUGUCCAGCGAGCGUUGAGCCAAUCGCAAGAGGAUCAGGCUGCGAUCAAAGCGCUGAGAAAGGAGAUCGAUAGGGCCUGGAAGCGGAUUGAGGAUAGUCGAGAUAAGGAGAUAGUCACGAAGGCCCUCAUUGAGGAUUUGACGGCGGAGGUGGCUAACGUAUCGACCCUCGUGGAACAGAGUGAGGAGAAAGCGGCCGCUGAUGAGGCGGAGGAGGAGAGCCUUAUUGACCAGAAGCUUGAGUUGGUCAGCCAGAAGGAGAUUCUUGCAGCAGAUAUAAAACAAUUACAGACCGAGACUUCGCGGUUGGAAAGGGCUCGGCGAAUUUUGAAGGCGGACUGUGAUAAGAAGGAGGAGGAUCACGCGGCGUUCGAGAAGAUGCUCAGUGAGUGCCUGGUGAAGGUGGAUGACAACAUUAGUAAGAGGAAACAGUUGGAUGAGGACUUGAGGCGCCACAGGAGGACUCUAGGAGAUAUUGGGAACGAAUCGAUGGAAACGUUGGAGAAAAUAUCCGAAGUUCAGGAGACGCAUAAGAAGGUCCUACGAGACCUCAAAGUUUGUUCAAGAGAAAUUGCUCAUCAGAAAACUAUACAGAAAGGCCUGCAGGAGGAGGUCAAGCGGAUUCGGGACCAGAGCGCGAGCGAGGUUAAGCGAAGGCAGAGAAUUGAAAUGGAAAUCGAUGAGCUCACGGAGCAAUUGGAGAAGCAGAAGAAGAGAGUGAAGGAGGCAGAGCGAGCUAGAGAAAAGACCGAGGACAUUUAUAGGGAGCUCAGUGCUGAUAAGGAGAAGGGGGAUGAAGAACGAGCUGAGCUGUUGAAGGAGAACAAGGCGGCGACCAAGAUGGUCGAGGAACUAGCGGAUAAGGUGGAUAAGGUUCGCCGUAAGGAAGAGGCAGAUGCGAAAGUACUCUCAGAUCUAACCCGGGCUAGUGAGCUCCUAUACAAGGCCAUGCAGAAGGCGGGAGAUCGCAAGGGGAUUGAGAUAGCACUGGUAAAGGAGAACGAGCAAAGAUCGAAUAACUUGUUACGGGAACUCCAGCAAUGGCGGCAGGCGAAGGCUGAGAGCAAGGAAGAGGUGCACGAGCUGUUGGCCCAAAGAGACCGGUUCAUCCGGCAGUUGAAGGAGGCUAACGAUCGCAAGAGUUUGACUAGAAGGUAUCUGGGUGUACUGAAAACGAUUCGAGCUCGAGAUAGGAAUUUGGCAUCUCUGAAGGAGGAGAUCAUCGCGGCUCGUACUGAAUAUAUGCAGCAAAAGAACGAAUUCGAGGCAGUGAGAGCUGAUAGGAAUCUGUACUGUAAAAACCUAUUUGACGCUCAUAAGGAAAUCGAUGAUAUAAAGAGGAAGUUCGCAAGUUUGGAGAGCCGCACUGAGCAGCUCCGGGAGGAGGUCGGGGAAAAAGAUCAGGAGCUUAUUCAAAAGCAUCUGAUGACGCAAGAGAAGACUCAGACGGUGGAGCGGUUGAAAGGCUCUCUUGAGAAAGCUAAGAAGAGGCUGAGAAAUCUCGGAAGUGUCGCUGACGUUUACCGCGAAGAAAUGGCGAAAAUAGAAAAAGCGAGGACUGUGACUUUGGAGGAAAUUCAUAAGCAUAAAAUGAGUUCCAUCAGAGUGGCUGGGGACAAGAAGGUGCUUUGCGCUAGUCUGGGUCGGAAGAAGGACGAUCAGGAUAAUGUGCGGGAGAAAAUCUCACUUUGCGAGUCUGCACUGGUGGACGGUGAAGAUCGGUAUAGAGAAAUCUGUGAAGAGGUAAAGCAGAAGAAGGAGGAGCUCAAUAAACUACAAGCUCAGCUAGCUGGGCUUCGUACUAGAAUAGGGAAUAAGGAUGAAUACAAGCACGAGGUAUAUCAACUACAACAACAGCUACUGGCCGAGCGUGCCAAGGCGGAGGCUCUCACUAAGGAGCUCGGGCAUCAUAUGAAUCUACAUCGUUGGAGGAAUUUGGAGGAGUCGAAUCCUGAAUUGUUCAAGAAGCUGGAGAAAGUACACAGUCUGCAACGAAGGCUCAUCUCCAGAAGUGAGGAGGUUGUGGGUAAGAGGGAGGCCGUGAAGAAGGAGGAGGAGGAGAUCAAGAAAUUGGAACGAAGGUUGGAGAGAAUACCGGGUCCUGAGUUGCAAGAGCAGUUGAGAAUCCAUGAGGAGCAUCUGCGAGAGAGGAACGAUCAGUUAGCGACGAUGAAUGCGGAGUUGGCAGACUACAAACAGAUCAUUGACGAGUACCAGGCAGAGAUAGGACGAUUGAAGAAGGAGAGGCAAGAGAUCAUGCGGAAGUACUAUGAGCAGAAGAAGCAGUCGAGUCAGAAGGAGGCUCCCAGAGGGAAGACUGAGAAGUCUAGUGCAGGGCAAAAGAAGAUGGCGACGGGUCAAUUUAUGCCGAGCAUGUCACGCUAUAUCGGUGGUGGCUACUGCCUCACUCCGCCGUGA